GUCAAAAAACAUUACAUGGAACCGUAUCAUGGCGUGCCGGGACACAACAGGCCUGAUCAACCUAUCCAGGUAGAGUUUAUGAGCAAACUGUGUAGUCUGUGUUCUGGGUGCAGAACAUAAACAAAACUCGUCCUAAGACUUUGUUUACGUUCCUCUUAGAAAAUGCAGUACAGAUUUUAUGUAAACAAAAGUUCCUGUUGUAUCUUCCUUAAUAUUGAUUACAGAAAUUUUGUCAGCUUUAACCAAGCAAAAAUAUUAAACUUACAAAAUAGUAUUUAUUAAAUCGACACUACUCGAUGCUUUUUAGGGUCAAAAUAUUUAGUUAAUGAACAGAAGUAAUGACACGAGGUGCACAAAAAAGUUUUUAAGCAAAAAUAAAAAAAAUCAAGCGCAAAUCUGCCACGUUGCUAUAUACCCAAAGAAUAAAAUAGAAACUCCCAUUCCUCCCAUAGCUUUGUUUACAAAAUAAACGUACUUCAGUUUCAGGGAGGACUAACCUUUGUUUAUAUUCCUCCCUGAAACUGCAGUACGUUCAAAGAAAACAAAGCUAUGGGAGUUUUAACCUUACAUUCCUUGGCUAUAGCUAGCGAUUUCCAUGUAUAGAGUUGUUAUAGUAUUUGAUUUCUUUCUUCUUUUCUCUGACAUGAUCCCAGGAAACCAUGGUUAAAAAUGAAAACAACGUUUUAAAUUUGGAAAGAAGAGAAAAGGUUACAAAUAAAGUUAAUCUGUCCUUUUUUCCUCUCAAACCAUCAAAAAAAUGUAGAACUAAAAACAAUCCACAAACAUAAUUGAGAAUAUUAUGAUCCCUUCUUGGGUUCACACAUUCCUGCCGUCAUAUCUACUCCAGAUUACAAGUAUGUUUUCAGUUGAAAGCAGUAGGAGACCUUGCCAAGCCUAACACAGUUAUUUCAGUAUGCAAGGAUAGUGAUAGAGCGCUGGGCCGGACUAGCUGGGCUACCCCCGGACCUUUUUCAUCCUUCAGUCAUUCUACUACGGUCACAAUAGGAUCUGUGUAUAGUGAGGUUUGAUCAGCUAGCUCCCUGAGUCAGGACGGAGUAAAGGUUAUCACAAGGAGAGAGAAUGAGCGGUGCCCUCAGUGUAUCAAGUCCCUUCGUGGAGACGGAUUGGGAUCGGAGACUGGACACGAUGUUAGCCGAUCUAGAAACUGGUUCAGGUUCAACCAAUCCUAAUCAACAGUUCUCCUCUCAGCAGUUCUCAUCUCAGCAGAGUUAUUCCUACUCUUCUCAGCAGAUUUCGCAGAGCAGUAGUAAGCAGAUUAUACAGAGCAGUCAGCAACAGCAGCAAAGUAUUCAGCACCAAAAUACUCAGAGGCAGCAGCAACAGAUUAAAACUCAGCAGUCCAACCAACCUAAUCAAGGGUCUAUUCGUCUCCCAGUUCAACCAUUUACCGGAUAUUCUCUAAAGAAAUCCGCCAGCAAUGUUUCCCUACAGGACUCGGCGGGAGGAGUACUCAAAGAUCUUGAACAUGGUCUUGUCAAGAGCUCUAAUUAUAUCCAAGAGUCUCACAAGAUAUACUCCGGACCUGAGGGAACCAGGGAGUGGCAUGAGGUCAGGACGGAGAAAGAUCCUGGAGAAUUCAAUCUUGAACAACAGGUUCAACAUAUGAUGCCAAGUAUUAAAACUGUUGGAUCUGGUAAACCAACAUCAACAACUCUUCAGCAACAACAGCAACAACAACAGCAGUUUACUACAUACAAGGUUCAGUCCAACCAGUACUCUAGCUCCGGAGAGAGAAUACUGAGUGGAGAGAGAGAAGAGGAUGAUGAGAGACCUGGAUCCAGGUUAAAACAGAAUAUUGAUGAGCUUGAUACUCUUCUCUAUGAUCUGAACAAUGCUAGAAAUCUAUCUCCAGAGGCCGGAGCUGAUUAUACUGUUUCGUCUGACAACUUCGGGUUAGAUAGUGAUGAUUACAGUGAAACAGUAGGUAAAGAGGGACAUGUGAAGAGGACUGUUCAUGCGUUCAACGAAUACAGUACUCACAUGUCCCACCCGGAUAUAGCAAAGAAACCUCCUUCACCCUCUCCUAGACGUAAAACUCCCAAUAGUCCUCCAUCAGCUAGACGUGGAGCUCAACCUACUACUAGAACACAGCAGAGCUCCCAUUCCUACAGAGUUGAUGAUACUAGAAGUCAAGAGUCAAGCUACUACCAACCUACUCCUGGUCAACCUGGAUCCGGUCAACCUUUUACAUACACAGAGUCUCCUCCCUUAUCCCAGAGCCCAGAUCUAACCCAACCUAACUAUUAUACUAAAUAUAAUUCUGUUAAGCAGACUAAUAAAUCUCAAGAUAUACAAUCUGUUCCCUUUCCAUCCCAUUCUACCCGAUCCCCUACUCCACAGAACCCACCUAAGCGAAUUGAUGAACUAAUGUCAGAGUUUCAAGAAUUUGAUUCAGUGAACAAGGGCGGAUCCCCAACUCCACAAAUGUUUUAUAAACCUAGCAACCAAACCCUUGAAGUAACAGAACUUCCAGACGAACCUUCAGUUCAUGUCCGAGUAGAUCCUGUUCCUUUAAUACGAGAACCUUCUCCUCCUAAAUCCAAAGCUGUGAGUGGUCCUAAGGUUUACUACCCACCUGGCGCAGAGUUUACUAAAUCUGAACCUAAAUCCAUGGUUGACAGUGGACCUGUAUCCAUGGAUAAGGUUGAGAAGGGUAAGGUUAGAAGAGAGAAGUAUGACAAGUUUGACGAUGGUGAGAAUAAACAAGGGGCAGCUGUUAUACCCAUCUGUCUUCCCCUCUGCUGUGCAGCUCCAUGUGUGAUCUUGUAAAAAGAUUAGAAAAGGAUUCCAGUUUCUACUUCAAAUAAGAUUCCAAGCAGAAAAGCUUCUUAAAAAUCACCUUUUAUGCAAAAGUACAUUUGUACAUUUUAAAACCUAGUGAAUAAUAUAGUUCUUCCAACUAGAAUACCAAGAGAGGUAUUCAAUGAUGUUAAACUGUCCUAAGUGAAAUGUUUGUACUAAACAAUCUACUCAAAUAUUAGUUUUACCACACAUGGAAUAAAGAACUAAAGGAGCUACUCCUUGCACUAAAAAGUAAAUUUUACAAUUUAUUAAAAAUACCAAACGUGCUAAUUACUGCGUUUAAACUCCAAGUAAGAUUAUUUAUUAAUCUGUACUCUGGUAAUUAAUGAACUGCUCUCCAAACUCCAAGCUCCUAUAAAAGUGCACACAAUGUCUUAAGCACUGACCCAGGUACAAUAACAACUUAAUCCUACUUCUAAAUGUGAAAACCGAUAUAUAAAGUUUACUUUUACUUUAAAGAGACCAAUUAAGUCCUAUUCUUUUAAAAGAUUCAUUUAUUUAGAUUUUUUUCCAUUUCCAUUUUCUCCUGCAUUUUAUAUUAGGAAAGGUUUCGUUGUCUAAAAUGUAUUACUUUUUUUACUGGGUACACCUGAAAAUAUAGGCUUUGCAUAAACUUUCUUGUUUAGUUCCAUCUUCAUUCUAACCUUGACAUGAACAAUAUGCAGAAUUAUUUGUCUCAUUAAAG